AUGUAUAGUGCACAACAAACUCAACUAUUAUUUCAAUCAGAACAUAUUGAAACAAAAUUGAUAGAAAUGAAAGAUCUAACGCAUGUUACUAGUUUUCAAUCGUACCCAAAAAAUGCUGUAGUUGAAUCGACAACAUGCACAGAUCAGAUUAUAGUUCAAUUUUUGUAUCAACAAGAAUUGAAUUUAGAUUUGGAAACAAUCGAUUGCAAUUGUAGUCUGAAAGAAAAUCUGUUUGGAAUCGAUUGGUUUUAUUCGAAUCCGGUUGUGAAUGAAACAUUAUAUCGCUUGUUUGGCAAUUCAACAACAAAUUAUUGGGGAAUAAAUAUAACAUCGCAGGCAACAGUAAAACCAAUUCAAAAUAAAUCGAGUAGAUUGCCAUUUGAUCGAUCAUUCUUUAUUCUGUUAAGCAUAACAUUUCGGUGUUUUUAUUUGAACGUCACUGAAUAAAAUAAAGUACUGUCUUAAACUAUGUUGCGAUAUUUAACAUGAAGCUAACUUUUGACAGCUUCCUCAAUGCACGAAAGCGACACUUUUAACACUCGUGGUCAGGAAACAUAAAUUUUAUAGGACAUUUUCGAUUACGUUGUGAUUAUGCUUGCUCUAUCAGCGUGUAUCAUAAGAUAUUGACAUGAAGUUAUUUUAUAUGGACGUGUGUGUUUGGAGUGUACGUAACGAUUAUUAUUAGUUUUGAAACAGAACAUUUCUAAAAACGUUAUUACCGUGUUGUCAUCGUAUUUGAAUCAAUACAGUAAAUGUUAAUCGCAUAUUCCCCUGCAAGUAUUGAAAGAAGAUCUAUGUAACUAUCUCAAUUUUGUUCAUAUAAAAAGAAAACAAGAAUUGGAAUUAUGUUAAUGUCAGUCAUAAGAAAUAAAUUAAUGAUUUAAACAAUGUUAAUGUUGCUCAUGAAGACCAGAACAAGCAUUCAAAACAAUUCUUUCUAUCAGCCCAGAAAUUUCGCUCACAAGACUGAAAUCGAAGAUUGAAAAUAUCAUAGAUCAAGAAAUAGGUAUUGUCGUUUUGUAUUUUAUUUUAAUUCGUUAAAAAAAUUAUCAAAGUAAAAACUAACGGUGCGAGUAUGAAUGGCAUCUUCGUGAACACCGACAAUUCAAAAUCAUCAUUGUAUAGAUUCAAUAUUUACCCACUUGU